CUAGUUUAGGAAUAUAUACAUGUUAAAGAGCAUAUCAGUCAUUUUAACAGAGAAUAAUGAAUUAGGAUGCUGUUUUGAGUCAUUUCUAGGUGCUCUCUAACCUGCCGUCUCCAAAAUAAAUGUCAUGGAUUUGUCGUUAAGAGGCUAGUGUUGCCAGGUUUGCUUUGUUGUUGUUUUUGUUUUUCUGCGUUUUGUCCGCGAUGUGUGCCAGUUUCAGGAGUGAGGAGAUGUGCCUGGCCCAGCUGUUCCUGCAGUCCGGCUCUGCAUACGACUGCAUCAGUGAGCUGGGCGAGAUGGGGCUGGUGGAGUUCAGAGAUCUCAACCCCAGUGUCAGCCCUUUCCAGCGGCGCUUCGUCAGCGAGAUCAAGAGGUGUGAAGAGAUGGAGAGAAUUCUGGGUUACCUGCUGAGAGAAAUCCGGAAGGAGAACAUUGCUGUUCCAGAGCCUGAAGUCAGCCCUGUGGCUCCUGCACCCAAACAUGUCCUGGAGAUCAUGGAGCAGCUACAGCGUCUGGAGGUGGAGCUCAGCGAGGUGGCGAAGAACAAAGAGAAACUCCAGCGGAACCUUCUAGAGCUCACCGAGUACACACACAUGCUGAGGAUCACACACACCUUCAUGCACAGCCGCUCCAGGCACGAGGCUUUGGGGCCACAGUAUGAGGAGUUUCCCUCUCUGGAGGCGGAGUCUGUGGCAGGCUGCACUGGCAUGCAGAGACUCGGAGCCAAACUGGGGUUUAUUUCGGGGCUGAUCCAGCGGGUGAAGAUGGAGGCGUUUGAGCGCAUGCUGUGGAGAGUGUGUAAAGGAUACACUAUCCUGAGCUACGCUGAAGUGGACGAGAAUCUGGCUGACCUGGACACUGGUGAAAUCAGUAAGAAUGUAGUUUUUCUCAUCUCUUUCUGGGGUGACCAGAUUGGCCAGAAGGUUCAAAAAAUCUGUGACUGUUACCACUGUCAUCUGUACCCUCACCCAGAGACUGAUGAAGAGCGAGCAGAUGUAAUGGACAGCCUAAGGACUCGCAUCCAGGACCUCAACAAUGUCCUCCACCGUACUGAAGAUUACCUGAAGCAGGUUCUUCAUAAAGCUUCUGAGUCUGCGCAUUCGUGGGUGCUGCAGGUGAAGAAAAUGAAGGCCAUUUAUCACAUCCUCAACCUCUGCAGCUUUGACGUCACCAACAAGUGUCUCAUAGCAGAGGUGUGGUGUCCCGUCAACGACCUGACCAAUCUGCGGAGGGCGCUAGAGGAGGGUUCGAGAAAAGGAGACGCCACAGUUCCUUCCUUUGUGAACCGUAUCCCAAGUAAAGACACGCCACCCACUCUCCUGAGGAGCAACAAGUUCACUUCUGGGUUCCAGAGCAUUGUGGAAGCGUACGGAGUCGGGGACUACAGGGAGGCCAGCCCAGCUCCAUAUACCAUCAUCACUUUUCCCUUCCUGUUUGCGGUGAUGUUUGGUGACCUUGGACACGGCGUGGUCAUGACACUCUUCGCCCUGUGGAUGGUGCUGACCGAGAAAAGCCACAAACGAAAACACUCAGGAAAUGAGAUAUGGGGCACGUUUUUUGAGGGGCGAUAUAUCAUCCUGAUGAUGGGCCUCUUCUCCAUCUACACCGGACUCAUCUACAACGACUGUUUUUCCAAAUCCCUCAACAUCUUCGGGUCUAGCUGGAACAUCAAAGCCAUGUUCAGAGAGCAGCAGUGGACAAAUGAAACUUUACAAACAAAUGCUCUCCUCACCCUCGAUCCCAACGUCUCUGGAGUUUUUACCGGACCGUAUCCACUGGGCAUCGAUCCAAUUUGGAACAUGGCGGUGAACCGGCUGGCCUUCCUGAACUCCUACAAGAUGAAGAUGUCUGUGAUCAUCGGAGUCGUGCACAUGAGCUUCGGCGUGGUGCUCAGCGUCUUUAACCACCUGCAUUUCAGGCAGAAGUUUAAGCUGUACCUGCUGUUUGUGCCAGAGCUGCUCUUCUUGCUCUGUCUCUUCGGCUACCUGGUGUUCAUGAUCUUCUAUAAAUGGCUGGCUUUCUCAGCGCGGGAGUCGAGGACGGCCCCUAAUAUUCUCAUCCACUUCAUCAACAUGUUCCUCAUGCAGGGCAACGGCACAACGCCUCUUUAUCCUGGACAGAUGGGUCUGCAGGUGUUCCUGGUGGCCGUCGCUCUGCUGUGUGUUCCCGUGCUGUUGCUUGGGAAACCGCUUUACCUCUACUGGCUCCAUCAUGGCAGCAAGCGCCUGGGAGUCCACAGGGUGUGUGGCUAUGAGCGAGUUCGGCGUCUGAGUGAGGACGAUCUGUCUCCAUCUAUCGUCCAUGAUGAAGAGGAAGGCCUGGAUGAUCAGCCUGGACGGGAAAGCAGCCCCAAAGAGUUUGAUUUUGGAGAUGUUUUCCUCCAUCAGGCUAUUCACACCAUAGAAUACUGCCUGGGCUGCAUCUCCAACACUGCAUCGUACCUGCGCCUGUGGGCCCUCAGUCUGGCUCACGCUCAGCUGUCAGAGGUGCUGUGGACGAUGGUCCUGCGUGUGGCUCUGCGGAUCAGCUCCAGGUUGGGGGUGCUGGUUCUUGCCCCUGUUUUCAGCCUCUUUGCCGUCCUCACCGUGUCCAUCCUACUGAUCAUGGAGGGACUCUCUGCCUUCCUACAUGCCCUGCGCCUGCACUGGGUGGAGUUUCAGAAUAAAUUCUACAGUGGAACAGGUGUUAAAUUUGCCCCCUUCGACUUCUCCUUGCUUCCCUCCGUCUUUGAGCAGGACGGAUUAUUGUGAGCAGUGAGGAAAGUCUGAGUCCUGAGCUAAUCUGCCUUGGCUUACUGUGACUUACACACCUCCUGUCUCCUGACGGCGGCUCAGCAGCAGUAAAAACUGCGACUGGACAUUUCAUUGCAUUUCUUCUGCACCAUUUUUUCUUUUUUUUUUUAGCAGGAUCAGUAAAUCCCACACUGACUGUCUGUCUGACAGACUCGUCCAUAUCAACCAGCUAUCAACACUGGUUCCAUUUAACAUCUGCUGUCUUGCAAGACGUUUGUCAAUAAGGCACUGCUGUUAUAUUUAUGUUUGGAAAUAUGUCCUCUGUUCGCAAACCCUUAUUAUUUAUUCACAUACUUUUCCAUCAUAUCAGAUUUCAAAAGUGCCAUAAGUAUUUUUCAAGAUACAGUUUUGUAUGCCACACUGAAAUGAGAACAUUCGUCUAGUCUUCUCUCUUCCAUGGAUCUAAAGCACGCACACACGCACACAUUAUGAAAAGAAAACUUGUGAUGUUGCAGGUAAACUUUUGCAAGUAGAAAAAAGUCAUACAACUUCAUUUUCAUACUAGAUAGAAUUUUCAUUGAAAUUUUCAUUAAGUACAGUAUUAAAGCAUAAUUUGCAAAA